UUUCUACGUUUUAGGGGAGCUGAAUUUCGAAAGGAUUUUUCCAGGAUAGGAGAAAACUUGUUGUCUAGAUUUCCAGACAUCCCUGUAAUGGUGUUCACUGCCACUGCUCCUCCAAAGGCUCAACAGCAAAUUAUAAGGAAUCUUAAUCUCCGAAAUCCGCAAGUUAUUUCCAUUAACCCUGACAGGCCAAACAUAAAAUACAGCACUAUUAUGCGACCACCAUCUAGCCAAACUGAGGAGCAUUUAGAAGAGAUUCUAAUACCAAUUAUGGAGGGGCUUGCCACAGAGAAGCAGAACUACCCGUUGACUAUUAUGUAUACAGAUACGAGUGUUAUAAGCUACAGUUAUACAUAUCUAGAAAAGAAUUUGGGCAACAGACAGUACAUUGGUGACUCUAUUCCUGAAAACAGAAUCUUCGCACAAUACCACCAAACCUAUACUGACAAAAUGAAAUCUUUCAUUGUGCAGGAAAUUUGCAAAGCUGAUAGCAGAAUUCGAUUUGUGAUGAGCACUGUAGCACUAGGAAUGGGACUAAAUGCCUUGCAUGUCAGACAUGUUAUUCACUACAAGCCUCCAACAACAAUUGAAAGAUAUUUCCAAGAGACUGGCAGAGCAGGACGGGAUGGUGAACCCAGCUAUGCUACGCUUUACUACAACAACACUGACAUCAGAUCAAACCGACCAGGGAUUGACAAAGCAAUAGUGAAAUAUUGCAAAAACACAUCUUCUUGCAAGAGAGCUGUGAUGCUAGAGUGUUUUGGUUUUCAACCUAUUCAGGGAAAUCAAAAUUGUUGUGACUUUUGUGAUUCAAAUCAUGGCCAGGAAGCUUCAAGUGUCUGAAGUUGAAGUGAAACAUAUAUCCUCUAGGAUUCAUACCUCAAGUAAAUCCUGUUCCACAUGAAACAGUUCUUCAAUAACUGGUGAAAACUGUUCUAAACGAUCUGAUCGACUGUGUGCUCCAGCCCUCAGACUGCGUGCCGAAUCAAACGUAACCCUCGUCAGCUGGUCACCACCCAGUGGAAUUGUUGCCGUAUUUUCAAAUUCAUCCUCUAUGAAAUCAAAAAUAAAUAAAAUUCAAUCAUCUG